AUGACUCAUCGUUUAUGUGUGGACUUCGAGUCUUCAAGCUUAUCAGAAUCAGGCUCUGAUUCAAACUUUUCUUCUGCGUCAUCUUCUUCAUCUUCUUCAUCGGAGAAAUCUGCUCCAAGUAAGUUGUCAGGCAACGUUAACGAUAAUAAGACAAAAAGUCCAGAAAGUCCACGAUCGGGGGAAAAGGAUAAUGACGAGCUAAGCUACUCAGAACAUACCAAGGACCCAGGAGAGGUGCACCUUAGUGGAGUUCAACAAGUCGUCCUUACUACCAUUCGUGCGACUCAUCUCACUCUUGGUCUCCGACGGAUUCCCGCUGGCUUUCAUAUGGUGGUCAAGGCUGACGGUGCCGAAUACCAGACAAGCAACAAAUCUAUAAACAUAGACCAGGAUUUUGUCGAAUGGCACGAGCGCAUUCUUCUGCCGCGCGAGCCAUCAUCUAAAGUUCGGGUCAGCGUGUAUGCCACAUUUGAAUUAGGCCCCAGGCUCUGUCACGGAGAACUUCUCCGCACAUUCGAGAUCUCUGUCGGAGAAUUACUGGAUCGCAGCGAAAAAUCUCAUCCCAUCAUCUUUCAGCCAAAGCAGGGGGAAGUCGUAUCUGCUUGUACUUCACUGUUUAUGACAGUGGAGCAGCGACUUUCUGAUCAAAACGACGCCGGGGUUCUUUGCCCCCUUACUACCUUCACAUCUCGCGAUAUGGCUGCGUUAGCACUAAAGACAGAUGCCGGAUACCGUCUUCUUGCGCGAUACCGCAGAACGCAGAACAGAAGCGAUCUGGACCAAUCUAUAAAACACUUCGAACGUGCCUCAGAUCUCUGCCCCACGGACCAUUCCUACCGCCCUGCAGCACUGUUCAAUCUAGCCACCGCAAAGUUCAUCAGUUGCCAAGCUAACGGAACAUACCUUGACGACAUACCUAUCUCUCUUUUUCAAGACGCACUUGAUUUGCGUCCCACUGGUCAUGCAGAUCGACCCAUCACCCAGCUCCAUCUGGCGGUUGCUCUGCUCUUUCGCUUCGCGAAACGGGGAUUUCAAAUCGAUGCUGAUGCAGCUAAAAAGUUGCUGAGCGAAGUGCUCGAUGUCUGCCACGCCAACAGCCACAUUUACAGAGCAGCUUUUAUCACGCUCGAAACAUUCACUCUACAUUCUAUUGGAAACACCGAUGUAAAUGAUCUUGAGCAGGAGCGGUCCGCAGCAUCCAGGCUUCCGUUAUCGCCGUAUCAACUUGCUCGCCGAGCAGAGUCGUGUUUGGAGAAAGAUGACCCCAAUGAAUUAGAUGAAGUGAUAUCCCUUCUUUAUGAUGCACUGGGAUACUACACCACCGGGCAUGCUCAGCGAGGGCAAUUGCUAGGUAAUCUAGCUUUGAUGCUGCACACUCGCUUUGAACGUCAAGGCGAUGGCAAAGACUUGGAUCAGGCUAUCGCACUUCAGAAGGAAGCGCUGGAUUUGUGUCCGUUCGCUCACCAAGAUCGGUCCAUUCAAUUAAAUAGCCUCGCGAAUCAACUCUUCUCCCGCUUUAAGCACCGAGGUAACGACGAAGACUUAGAUCAGGGUAUCGCUUUUCACAGGGAAGCGCUGGCCUUGCAUCCGGUUGGUCAUACAUCUCGGUCCAUGUCAUUAAAUAACCUCGCGGGUCAACUCUCCUUCCGCUUUGACCACCGAGGCAACGAGGAAGACUUGGACGAGGCUAUCGCGCUUCACAGGGAAGCGCUAGCUUUGCGCCCGGUUGGUCACCCAGAUCGGUCUGCAUCAUUGAACAACCUUGCGCUUUCACUCUUCAACCGCUUUCACCACCGAGGCAACGGUGCAGAUUUGGAUGAGGCCAUCACACUACAGAGGGAAGCGCUGACCUUGCUCCCUGUUGGUCACACAUUUUGGUUUGGGGCAUUAAAUAACCUUGCGAACCAACUCUCCGCCCGCUUUCAUCACCGAGGCAACUACAAAGACUUGGAUCAGGCUGUUAUACUUUCUAGGGAAGCGCUGGCCUUGCACCCGGUUGGUCACUCAGAUCGGUCCGAGUCAUUAAACAUCCUUGCGAAUCAACUCUCCGCCCGCUUCAAGCACCGAGGCAACGACGAAGACUUAGAUGAGGCUAUCACACUUUACAGGGAAGCGCUGACCUUGCGCCCAGUAGGUCACACAGGUCUGCCCAGGUCAUUAUUGAACCUCGGGGAUCAACUCUCCGUCCGCUUUGACCACCGAGGCAACGAUGAAGACUUGGAUCAGGCUAUCACACUUCACAGGGAAGCGCUAGCUUUGCGCCCGGUUGGUCACCCAGAUAGGCCCAUGGCAUUAGAUAGCCUUGCGAUUCAACUCUUCAACCGCUUUCACCACCGAGGCAAUGACGCAGAUUUGGAUCAGGCUAUCGCGCUACAGAAGGAAGCGCUGGCCUUGCUCCCCGUUGGUCAUACAUUUAGGUUUAGGUCAUUAAAUCACCUUGUGAACAAACUUUCCGCCCGCUUUCAUCACCGAGGCAACUACAAAGACUUGGACCAGGCUAUUAUACUUUCUAGGGAAGCGCUGGCUUUGUGCCCGGUCGGUCACACAGAUAUGUCCGCGUCAUUAAACAUCCUUGCGAAUCAACUCUCCGCCCGCUUCAAGCACCGAGGCAACGACGAAGACUUAGAUGAGGCUAUCACACUUUACAGGGAAGCGCUGGCCUUGCGCCCGGUCGGUCACAUAGAUCGGUUCGAGUCAUUAGGCAACCUUGCGGAUGAGCUCUUCUCCCGCUUUCACCACCGAGCCAAUGUCGAAGACCUAGAUCAAGCCAUUGCACUUCAAAUGCAAACGCUGAUUUUGCUCCCGAUCGGUCAGCCAGAUCGGUUCAUGGCAUUAAAUAACCUUGCGAUUCAACUCUCCUCCCGAUUUGACACCCGAGGCAAUGACGAAGACUUGGACCAGGCUAUCGUGCUUCACAGGGAAUCACUGGCCUUGUGUCCGGCCGGUCAUACAAGUCAAUCCAUACUAUUAUAUAACCUUGCAAAUCAACUAUUUUCCCGCUUUGAGCACCAAGGCAACGACGAAGAUUUGGAUCAGGCUAUUGCAUGCCACAGGGAAGCGCUGACCUUACGCCCGGUCGGUCACCCAGAUCGGUCUAUGUCAUUAAAUAAGCUCGCGAAUGGACUCUCCACCCGCUUUGAGCACCAACACAACAGAGAAGACCUCGGCGAGUCGCGAGAGAAUCUACGCUGUGCAUUAGCUCUGUUAAAGCAGCAUGAUCCUCGCCGAUUAACGGUCCAUAGGUCGCUAGCCGAGCUCUACUUGUCGCUCCAUCGAUCACGACUUGACGGCACUGCCCCAGGCGAAGAUAAUGACAGUUUGAAUGCUGCCAUGGAGAGUUUCAAGGCUGCAGUAAAUGUUGUCUCUGGAGGCUUGGCAAUCCGCCUGCAAACAAGUCUACUCUGGGUUCGCCAUGCUGAUCAACAACAACAUAGCACUCAAUUGGAGGCAUAUGCAACUUCCAUUCAACUUCUUGACACUUACAUUUCUACGACAGCUUCAUUAUCGUCUCGUCACAAAAUCAUAAAGGACCUCCCAAGUACCCUUGCCACGGAUGCUGCAUCAUGUGCUCUUCGUAGUGGUGACGUGUGUCGUGCUGUUGAGUUGUUAGAACAAGGCAGGACUAUCAUAUGGACCCAGAUGACACGACUCCGCACCCCUCUCGAUAACCUUCAGACUCACGGUGAUCAUGCAGUGGCCCUGAUGAAGAGAUUCAGAGGCCUCAGCGCCCUCCUUGAUAAAUCCCCAGCGAGUCCUCCAGAAGGGACUGAAAGAAUCAAUGUGGAAGCAGAAGAAAUCCGGUACAGACGCCUAGGAGAGGAGUGGAAUAGAACUGUAGAAGAGAUCCGGAAGAUCGAAGGCUUCUCUCGCUUCCUCCUUCCCCCCUUAUUCUCCGAUCUUCGAAAUGCAGCUCGUGAAGGGCCCAUCAUCAUGCUCAUCGCAAGCAAGUCGUCCUGCCACGCCAUUAUCAUCGCACACAAGCAACCUCCCACUAGCAUUCGACUCCCCACCGAUUUUGAGAAGCUUCAGAGAUUGGUGCCAGCACUUCAGGAGGCGGUUGAAAAAGAGGCCGGUCCUAAAGGAAAUCAAACAGCGCUGAUAAAAGCUUUGAGAGAGUUAUGGGAUGUUGUCGUUUGCCCAGUGGUCGAGAAUCUUAAAGGAUUUGCACGACGAGGUUCCCGAAUAUGGUGGUGCCCAACAUCUCUCUUCAGCUUCUUGCCGUUGCAUGCUGCUGGCGAGUACAGGCCAAAUGGAAAGUCCCUUUCGCAGCAUUAUAUCUCUUCAUACACGCCAUCGCUCACCGCGCUGAUCAAGGCCCGCGGAAGUCAUCACAGGUCCCCAUCGGUGCCCUUCGUUGCCAUUGGUCAGGAUUUCCCAGCCGGGGCCUCAUUCGUUUUGGAUGCUGUGGAACCUGAGCUUGAGUUGGUGCGGAGACUUUUGCCCCCUCCCCCAACCGUUUCCUUUUCCAAGGUAACCAGUGUUGAUGCCACCAAAUCGCGAGCACUGUACGCAUUGCGAGACAACACUUGGCUCCAUCUCGCAUGUCACGGGACACAAAGAUUUGACGAACCCUUCAAGUCGGCCUUUCUCAUGCGCGACCAGCCGCUUUCGCUUCUUGACAUCACACAAAUGGAUCUGUCUCGGCAUGAAUUUGCAUUUCUUUCUGCCUGUCAAACUGCAGUCGGUGCCUUUAGCACGCCUGACGAAGUGAUACACCUGGCGGCUGGUCUGCAAUUUUCUGGGGUUAAUAGCGUCGUCGGGACGUUAUGGAAGGUCACAGAUAGCACCGUGCAUAGUUUAGUUGAGGCAUUCUACAAAAAACUUUGUGGGGAUGGCCCAAUGAAUUCCAACCGAGCCGCCUGGGCGCUGCACCAAGCGGUUCAGUCGUUGGCAUGUGACAAGGAGAAUACAAUGACACUGGACCAGCGCAUAGUGUUCGUGCAUAUUGGCAUAUAA